AUGGCUCUAGACUCUCGCCUGAUGCCUUCGGCCGCAUCCUCAUCAUCGUCUUUCUACGAGGGCAGAGUUCAUUCUUCGGCUUCAACGCCUUCACUGCGAUCUCGCGAUGCGGCUUCGUCUAUGCCAGCCAGACUGGACGGUGGAGGAAAUGUCAAGGUGGUUGUCCGAGUGAGAGCUUUUCUCAAGAGAGAGCUUGAACGUCAGGCAAAAUGCCUUGUUGAAAUGGACCCCAUCACUCAGCUCACAACACUCUCCUCACCAGAUGAUGAAGACCCAGAGGCUGCAAAACUAAAGACUCGAAAGAUCAUCGAGGAGAAGAGCUUCACUUUUGACAACUCUUUCUGGAGUCACGACACAAAUGAUAAGCACUAUGCUACCCAGUCAGACGUCUAUAACAGUCUGGGCGAGGACUUCCUCGACCACAACUUUGAGGGCUACCACACAUGUAUCUUUGCCUACGGACAAACUGGUUCCGGAAAGAGUUACACCAUGAUGGGCACCGCCGACCAACCGGGCCUGAUCCCUCGCACAUGUGAGGAUCUCUUCGAGCGCAUCGACGCGGCUCAUAGCGAGAACUCUAACGUUGCCUACAAUGUUCGCGUCUCCUACUUUGAAGUCUACAACGAGCAUGUCCGCGAUCUAUUGGUGCCUGCUCAAACUCACAAGGCGCCCAAUUACCUCAAGAUUCGCGAGUCUCCCACCGAAGGCCCAUACGUCAAGGAUCUCACCGAGGUACCAGUGCGGAAUAUCAACGAGAUUCUCCGCUACAUGAAGUUGGGCGACAACUCUCGUACAGUCGCGAGCACCAAGAUGAACGACACCAGUAGUCGAAGUCACGCCGUCUUUACCAUCAUGCUCAAACAGAUUCACCACGAUAUGGAGACUGAUGAGACAACGGAGAGGAGCUCUCGUAUUCGACUGGUGGACUUGGCUGGUAGCGAAAGAGCGAAAGCCACUGAGGCCACUGGUGCACGACUACGUGAAGGCAGCAACAUCAACAAGUCCCUGACCACUCUUGGGCGAGUCAUUGCUGCUCUGGCAGAUUCCAAGUCAUCGAGGGGUGGAAAGCGGAGAGAUGUCGUCCCAUACCGAGAUUCCAUUCUCACGUGGCUUCUCAAAGACUCACUAGGUGGCAACAGUAAGACAGCAAUGAUUGCCUGCAUUGCCCCCUCAGACUACGAGGAGACCCUAUCGACACUGCGAUAUGCCGAUCAGGCCAAGCGUAUCCGCACCAGGGCCGUUGUCAAUCAGGACCACAUUUCCACAGCUGAGCGAGACGCACAAAUUGCUGCCAUGGCGGAAGAGAUCCGUGUUCUACAGCUUUCCGUUUCCGAUUCUCGACAGCGUGAGAAGAACGCCAAAGAAGCCGAGGAGAAGCUGGAGGAGUACCAAACACAUGUCAAUUCUAUGCAGCGCAUGAUGGAGGAACGCAGCAUGGUGGCCGAAAGCAAGAUCAAGAAACUCCAGACAGAGAAUGAGGCUCUCAGGUUGCAUUUGAAGCUCGCCCUCGAAAGUAUCAAGAACCCAAUUCCCCCCGUUGUUGUCAAGGCGGAUCGCGAGCUCGACGACGAAGACAAGGAAAACGCUUCUGAGUACGGUGAUGAUGAUGAUCAGUACGAUUCAGAGAGCACGGCGUACAACGACGAGUAUGAGUACGAGUUGCAGGAAGAAAUGCAGCAAUAUCUCCAGGACAUGGGCAACCUGAGAAAGCUGAUGAAGACGGAUCUGACCAGGUUUAAGGACGGGGAGAACGUCAGGAUGCCACUCGGAAAGAGGCCAAAUUUUUAA